CGCGCGGCAGCGUCACAUUUGGGGGUGCGCAGUUUUGGUAUUCAUCUUAAUGGCUUGGUUAAAACAGGUGAUGGUAUACACGUAUGGGUUGCGGUACGCGCUAAAGACAAACCAUUUUGGCCGGGGAAACUAGAUCAAAUGGUGGCGGGAGGUCAGGGUGUCGGUAUUGGUUUGAUGGAAAAUGUCAUUAAAGAGUCCGCAGAAGAAGCCGAUAUUCCUGAAGCGCUCGCUGGUCAAGCCGUGGCACGAGGAGCAUUGCACUACUGCAAGGGAUCCCAUCGAGGCAUCAAUAUGGAUACUUUGUUUAAUUAUGAUGUAUGGCUACCCGAAGAUUUUAGCCCUGUUAAUAACGAUGGCGAGGUUGAUGGCUUUAUGUUGAUGUCGCUAGAAGAAAUGGCGAAAAUUAUCGAUACCACGGAUCAAUUUAAAGCCAAUU